CUGACACAAAACAAGUGAUAGGGUUUGUUUCUCAUUGCAUUUUGGAUAGACGAGCACACACAACACAUCACAGACAAAACCAGGAUGUGUUUACUUGUUCUCCUCCUGGCGGCUGCGUCCGUCGCCUUUACUCACUCUUCACCGAGCAUGAAAGAAUUGAUCAAUAUCGUCAACAAGUCCAACACUACAUGGAAGGCUGGUCUGAACUUCCCCAACACCGACCUCAUCUACGCUAAAAGUCUCUGCGGCGCCAUUUUAAACGGUCCCAAAGGGCCAAAGGUUGUUCACGACCUCCCAGACAAGCAACUUCCCGAGAGCUUCGACGCACGCCAACAGUGGCCUAAGUGUCCAACCAUUCAGCAAAUCCGAGAUCAAGGCUCCUGCGGGUCCUGCUGGGCUUUCGGUGCUGCCGAGGCUAUAUCCGACCGAUUAUGUAUCCACAGUGGCGGCGAGAUCUCCGUGGAGAUCUCCGCAGAGGAUCUUCUGUCUUGUUGUGAUGAAUGCGGGAUGGGUUGUUUCGGUGGUUUCCCCGCCGCCGCGUGGGAUUUCUGGGUCAAGCGAGGUUUGGUGACCGGAGGCCUUUACGACUCCAACGUGGGUUGUCGGCCGUAUUCGCUUCCGCCUUGCGAACACCACGUCAACGGCACUCGUCCUCCGUGUAAGGGCGAACAGGAGACACCCAAGUGUGUUCAACGAUGCGUUGGCGGCUACUCGCCGUCUUAUCCCAAGGACAAGCAUUUUGGUCGACGAUCAUACAGCAUCUCCGAACAACAGGAUCAGAUCAUGAAGGAGCUUUACAGCUAUGGACCAGUUGAAGCAGCGUUCACCGUCUACGCAGAUUUUCUUCUCUAUAAAACUGGAGUGUACCAGCACGUUACCGGGGAGAUGCUGGGCGGUCACGCUAUCAAGUUGCUGGGCUGGGGCGAGGAGAACGGAACACCUUACUGGUUGGCAGCCAACUCCUGGAACAGUGACUGGGGAGAUAAUGGGUUUUUCAAGAUCAAGCGUGGAAGUGACGAAUGCGGUAUCGAGUCGGAGGUGGUUGCAGGAAUUCCACUCAACUAGAAACAACAUUUUUUGGAAUCCAGCCAUUAUCUGUGACACAUCAUCACCAGGCUCGAUCCAGUUUGGGAAUCAAUCAUAAUCUGUUUUAAUUUAACUGUUUUUCCCAACAAGAGUUUUGACUUUUGUCCUAAAAUAAUAAUAAAAAUAUCAUUUCCUGAUGUAUCAUACAGUACAUGAGUGCAAACGAGUAUAAAAUGCUUCAAACAAAAUACUAUUUCAGCCUUUUGAGUAGAAUGAAUACCGUAAUUUCCGGACUAUAAGCCGCUACCUUUUUCCCCUCAUUUUGAAUCCUGCAGUUUAUAGUCUAGUGCGGCUUAUUUGUUGAUUUAUUUAGGUUAAUAGGUAACGCU